UAAAGCACACGUUAUAUCAGGCCGUCAUCUGUGGGUGCAGUUUAAUCUGAUAAGGAGUAGUAAUAUAUGUGACAACUGGAAAGCUCUUUAGCAUGCGUGCAUAUUAGGUUUUGGAAUUACAAGAUACUCAUAUAUACUGGAUUAUAUGGUUUUCUCUUUGUAUUUUUUGCGAAUACGGAAUUGAAUAUUAGUGUUUAAUCGCUCGUAAAUGAAAGGUCCUUAGCAUGGACAAUCAUGAUGUUACUCUCAGGAGGAAAAGCGAAGCGUGUGUUGGAAUACAUCCGCAUUGAGUUCAAACGAAUGCACAGUUUGGAAAUAAAUCUUGUUGAUUAACAUAAUCAUCACAAUCCAAUUCGCUAAAACUGACACCAUCAUCGUCAAAAACAACAACAUAAACAUCCCCGCCGCCACCACCAACUCAGGUGCCGUCCGUCACCACCUUUGAUACCAACAUUCCUGCCACCACCACCACUAACAACAACAACAACGAAAAAAACAACAGCAACAAUGAAGCGGGAAGAGGCUGAUGACGUCAUGCUGAGCCAGGAACAGUACACCCGAAAGGAGAUGCUGCUGUGCGAAAUGAAUCGCCUGGAAGGGGAGGAGCUAUACAAGAAACAGAAAUACUCGAAAGCUAUAGCGUCAUUUUCACAGGCACUGCGUCACGUCCAUGACGACAUCAAGUCUCUGGUUGGUCGAUCGAAAUGUUACUCAAAACUCCGGAAAUUACGUCAGGCGGGCGACGACGUUGAUAUUGCUCUGAAUAUUGACGCCAUAGACAAACGGGCGCUGCUACAGAAGGCGAACGUGCUGGAUCUCCAGGGUAACCAGGAGAUGGCGCUCGUGUAUCUACACAGGGGCAACAAGCGCUACCCCCGGACUGUGGAGUUCACCGAGGCAAUCAGCCGCGUCGAGAACCGCUCGCAUAAGAAAGGACGGCGCAUGAAAUUAACAGCUACUGGCGACUUAACCUACUUCACACAGUCUCACAAAUUGCCGCCAAAGAAGGAAUUUAAAUGGAAGAGCAAACCAGCUGAAAAAGUCAACAAAUCCCUGAUUCCUAGCGCUAACUUCCGGUCGAGACUGGUUCACCCACUUGCUAAAGUUCACAGAGAACCGACAGUCCAUCUGUCCGAAUCACGUGCUACUGUGACGUCAAUGCACACAUUAAUGGCGGAAUCUCUUGAAGCCCUUGACUACGAAGGGAAGUUGAUAGACGAGACGACGGAGCGUGAGCUGCUAGGCAAGAUGUACGAGGACAAGCAGUAUCUGCAGCAUGUUUUGGAGUCUGAGCGUAGAGGACGAGCAGACAAAAAGAAAAGCAAACCGGCACCUCUUGCUCCCAACCAAGUAUCCGAGGCGGCGGAAACGGCGCUCAACUUCUUACAGGAACGCACGCACUUCUGGGAUAGCUUGGGGCCCCUUCCGCCCCCGCACCCGAGUCGCCGGCGCAACGCGGGCUCCCGGAACAAGAGCCAGAUGUCUACAUACACGAGUAGCGAGUCCUUGAACUCCAUGGGGACAUUUAAUACAGCCUCCUCAAUGGAAAGUCUCGCUUCCUCCAAAUUCAGUAAAGGCACGGGGAAAACGUACAGGUCUCGGUACGCUUUCGGGAAAAAGAAAGAAAAGCCGGUUGCACCGAAACCGGAGAAAAUCAAGUUUGACUUCUCGUCGUAUCGUCGUGACGAAGAUCUCCGAGAAAUGACAUUGAUUCCCGAAGAAGGUGAAACGAAGAAAGAGUCGGAAUCCGAACGAGAACGAGUCCGGGUAGAUGCUUUGAAGAGAGGACAGGAAGUGACGGCAUUCGUAGAGAAGGAAAUCACUGUGAUCGACAAUUAUUACGCCAAGGGUCAGCUGGACCUGUGCAAGAAGCGCGCGGACGCAUGCGUGGACGUGCUGGGCCGCUACACGGAGGAGGAAGUGCCCAACAAGCACGUGCUGCUCGCCACACUCUACAGUUGCCUUGGCAACUGCGAUAUGCAGACGAAACGCCUCACGAGCGCGCUUGAGAACCAUGGGCAUGACCUCUCGAUCGGCGAACAGUGGGACAACCCCGAGAUCCAGUCCCGUGCGCUCGGUAAUCUAGGCCGCACGUAUGUGCUGAUGGAGAAAUACAACCGGGCAAUUGAUAUGUACAACCGCAAGGCGCCUCUCUGCAAGACCCCCAAAGAGACGGCAUGGCUGUUCCACGAGAUCGGCAACUGUUUCCUGCUGAUGAAGAUCUACGAGUACGCGCACGAGUCGGGCCUCAAGGCGCUCCGCUCGGCGCACGAGGCGGCAGACACGCGCCUCCAGCUGCAGGCCUACGUGCUCGUGGCCGUGGCGGAAGUUAACGUGCUCAAGUUCAAGGACGCCUACGACCAUUUCCAAGAGGCUUUGGAGCGCGCCAAACUGCUCGACGACAAACGAGCCCAGGACGCCAUGACGCGAGCCCUCGUUGACGUAAACAAGAAGAUGGUAAGUCGCCUGAAGAAGAAGACGCACGCAACGUCGUUGUCCAAGAGCCCUGUCCACUUCGACGUCCCAUCAGUGACGCCGGCGUCAAGAGCGACGUCACAAUCAGCGCUCUCUGACGUCACGGCAGAGGGAUAAUUGACGUGGUAUAAUGUGAAAAUGACUAUUGGAUAAAUAUCUUACAUACAUGUGAUAUUUACUUGUGUUGUUUAACGUAUUUAAUAGACUAAUUUUUACAUUUGUCUUCUGACGUCACGGUAGCAAAGAAGCCUGCUUGGAUGCUACCGGAUUUACAUCGAAUGAGCAUACAAAAUACUUCAAGGAUUGGACAUUUGCAUUUAUUAAGUUUUUUUUACAUUUCUGUAAUGUUUCACCAUUGUAAAAUUGUAUUUACACGUUAUUAACGAUUGUUGUUAAUUGAAUGUUUUUGAGCAAGCCAUAAUAAUAUGAAUUUAAUGCAUGGAUUAUGUUAUCAGUAAAAAAGCGAAUCUUA